CAUAUUUACGAGAAAACAUAUCACUUCUUGUCUCUGAAAACCGGAAUCCUUAAAUUAAAAAAAAAAAAAGUCUUCAAUGGCUCUGCAGGAGCAAGUGUUCAUCAACUUCCGCGGCAAAAACUGUCGGUAUGGCUUCGUAAGCUAUCUCAAGGACGAGCUGAAAGACAACAACAUCAACGUGUUCACGGACGAGGAUGCUCGAUACAUCAGGAAGUCGAAGAUCGCGCUCGUUGUCUUCUCCAAGCAUUACGCAGAUUCAUACUGGUGCUUGGACGAGCUCGUGGAGAUCAAGAAAUGCAUGGAGGUGGAGAAAUUGCAUGCGAUCCCUAUAUUCUACAAGGUCAAGGCUGCCCACGUGAAGAAACAGUCUGGCAAAUUCGGCGAGAAUUUUCUGAAGCUGGAGAACGAUUUGCUCGGUGAACUUCAGGGGAAUGCGAGGAAACGUGCAAACUCUAGAAUCAAGAGAUGGAGGAAAUCUUUGGUCCGUGUGGCGGGAAACAUUGGCUUGACCUACGAAAAGAAGAGCUCAGAGAAAGAUUUCGUUCAAAAGAUCGUCGUUGAGGUUAAGAGAGCGUUCGCCAAAAUCUCGUCAGAGGAGAGAAAGAACUACUCUUCCCCCAUUCCAUCCCUAGAGAAGGAAAAAACCCAUCUGUUUCACGGACAGGAACCACAAAACCCUAUUGUGUUCGACGUCAACCAGUUAGGGAAGCUGUUCCACCUGUCGAGACCGUUGGAGGCUCUAAGUCUUGAAAGAUGGAAUCCUGAAAGCCGAACACUUUUCCCCGGUCUGCUCUCGUCGAUGCAGGACAGGAACAGCCUCGGGUUUCUUACAGGACAAUUCAGUAUGAACCCUGUUGAACACCUAAACCUGAAUAACCACUCAUUCUUUCCGCAGUUUCAGCCAAAUCUUCAGGGGCUACAACCGCACAGCCCGUUUGAUUCGGUCCAAAAAGCCACAAACUGGCUUGCCCUUCUAAAGCUGACCGAGCAGACUUAUCCCGCGUUGGUUUUCAUGAACUGGGACAAAAUGGAUCAAACCGUGAAGAACAGUAUCCUAUACCAGGCAUGCAGAAGAAGCCAGCAAUUUGCAAAUUUACUAGGGCUCUACAACGGGGGUGUUGAUUUGGUUCCCGUACAGAGGAUUGGAGAUAACAAUGCCUCUUUUUUGGUCCAGAGCAAUCAAAGUAACCCUUUGCCGGCCAAAACCAUCUUGACGGGUGGAAUGAACGUGGUACCGCAACUGGUUGCAGCGACUCAUCAAGGCAGCAAUGUCGAUGUCCCUAAUGGCGAUGAUGAUCCAAAGGAGAGAGAUGAUACGAGUACGACGUGCUUUUCACUUGUUUGCUACUGGUUUAGGUUUUGUUUCUGUAUGAGUGAUGAUGGGAAAGACGAGCCUCUCCCGACAAGACGCCAGAGGAUUCGCCAUCGCUAAAGCCGAAAGGAUACACUCUCUCGCCACCGAAGAUGUUACUGUCUCUUGUCUACGUUCUUGUUCGUCUGAUUCAGCUUUCAAGCAACAAGUUUUCGAGUUGGCAUCUUUUAAUCAUGUUCUUGUGUAAAAUGGCGUCUUAGAUCUGUUUCCUUUUGAUCGUCAUAUCGCUUUUCCACGCAGAAAUUCGUCUCUGGGUCAGUGAAUUAAUCGAUGCAUGUGUUCUUGGAAUGAUAUCAAAAAGCG